AUGCUGCUGCUGUUGUUUUCUCUAUCCUCCGCCUGCUCCAUGAGCAAGCACACAUUUAGACAUCACCCAGUGUGCACAAUGGGCACCACUGUCGUGGCUAUGGGAGUUUGCUUGGCAUGGACUGCAAUCCACACAUUGGAUAAAUGUCGAUGUGGCUUUGGACUCAACCGACGCAGUCCCGACGUUGCCACACCAUCUUUUGGCUCCCCAGUCCAACAGCACCUCACAAGUGCUCUGAAUAGGCAAGAGUUCACAUGCAUUCCAUGUUGGAGUGAGCGAUGUCGAGUCAUCCAUGCAAACACGGCCGCUGGGCGGCAGUACCGCAAACAGCAAACAAAUGCGCAGGUGACAACGCCUGCUGCACGCCAGACGGCCGCCCAUCCCAGAAAAUAUCGACAGUUCUGGCCAUUCCGCCUGUCCGGAUGGCGCAGCACAACUCAAUGUUGUCUGAAGCGCUGA